CGUCGCGUCGUUCAAAAAUGGCGUUGUGUGUGAGAGGUGAGUGAUGGUGUUGACAAAAAUCGAGCAAUUUUGAAAAUGUCCAACGCUCCAUCGAGUCGUCGAAAUGGUGCCCAAAAAAUUCGGUUGACGAUUCUUUGUGCGAGGAAUUUGGUCCGGAAGGAUUUGUUCCGACUUCCAGACCCUUUCGCGAAGAUUUCAGUGGAUGGUAGUGGACAAUGUCAUUCGACUGAGUUUGUUAAAAACACACUAGAGCCGAAAUGGAACUCACACUACGAUUUGUACAUCGGGCGGAAUGAUUCCAUUACGAUUUCAGUGUGGAACCACCGCAAAGUCAUCAAGAAGCAGGGGAGCGGGUUCUUGGGCUGCGUCCGGAUUGUCAAUUCGCACAUCCAGAGGCUGAGAGACACCGGAUAUCAAUGUUUGGAUUUGGGGAAGGCUUGUCCAGCCGACAGCGAACCUGUUAAAGGUCAAAUAAUCAUCUCGUUGUUAUCGCGCGAUGGUCCUUGUAGCGGUACGCCACUGGCCGUUGUCGGCCCUCAAGGAGAACUUCGAGGGCCGGCCGAUCGUGAUUCUUCACCCUCCAAUAACGAUGAUUUGCCUCCUGGUUGGGAGGAGAGGAGGACGGACAACGGGAGGCCCUACUACGUUAAUCACCUUACUAGAUCUACACAAUGGAUUAAACCGCAAUCGACGAAUAAGGCAAGAAGGAGGUCCACACACCAAAACGAGAAUAAUAACACCAAUAAUGAAAAUACGAUAGGGGGCACUCAGAUGGGCGUACCGGAAAUAUUAAACAAUAACACAGGGGAGACUUUAACCCCCAGUUCGAGUACAUCACCGGUGUCGCCUGUGGUCAGUCCACAAAAAACCACAUCCACGCCUCAAACAACCGACAAUAGAAACAAUUUUAUAACGUUAUCGCCAACUUCGACGUCUGUAGUUUCGGCCCCUAAUAACAUCAGUUGUAACGUCCCUAAUGGGGAAAAUGCGAACAUUGUGAGUCCCCAGAUAGGGCAAAGGGCUAUCGUACGUGGCGAAAGGAGGCAGAGGAGUACGGAGGAAAGGCGAGACGGGAGUAGUAGGAGGAGGUCAGGGAGGAACAACAGGAAUUCGGGGGGGACGGCGCAAGGGCCAGUGACGCAAAACAGCAAGCUGGAUUUGCCUCCCGGUUAUGAGUUGAGAACAACUCAACAGGGACAGGUGUACUUCUACCACAUUCCCACCGGUGUAUCAACGUGGCACGACCCUCGAAUACCCAAAGAUUUAGCUCCAUUGAGUCUGGCUUUGGACCAUUUGGGUCCUCUACCUCCCGGUUGGGAGAUGCGUCAAACAGCCUCAGGACGGAUAUAUUUUGUUGACCACAACAACCGGACGACUCAAUUCACCGAUCCCCGUCUCAACACUCAAAUACUCAAUAAUAUUUUGCGCAGAGCUAGCGCCACUUCAACGACAACUCCCACAACUAGAACAACACCUACUACGACAACAGCAAGUACAACAUCAGCUUCAACUUCGACGACAACGGUUACGACAACGACAACAACUGCUGCACCUCAAAACCCAGCACCGCUUUCACCCAGACCGAGGAUAGUUGAGGAGCUUCCUCAAGGUCUUCUCAACGAUUGCGAUCAUUUACCGAAAUACCGGCGCGAUUUAGUUGCGAAAUUGAAGACUUUGAGGGCGGAAUUGACGGCAUUACAGCCGCAAAGUGGUCAUUGUAGACUUGAAGUUUCGCGAAAUGAAGUGUUUGAAGAGAGUUAUAGACUUAUAAUGAAAAUGCGACCGAAAGAUAUGCGUAAAAGACUGAUGGUGAAGUUUAAGGGUGAGGAAGGGUUGGAUUACGGGGGAGUUGCACGCGAGUGGUUGCAUUUAUUAUCGCGGGAAAUGUUGAAUCCUCAAUACGGGUUGUUUCAGUACAGUCGCGAUGAUCAUUAUACGUUGCAGAUUAAUCCGGAUUCGGCGGUAAAUCCGGAACAUUUGUCGUAUUUUCAUUUUGUUGGGAGGAUUUUGGGGAUUGCAGUGUUUCAUAAUCAUCAAUUGGAGGGAGGGUUUACGUUGCCGUUUUAUAAACAGUUGCUAAAUAAACCAAUCACGUUGCAAGAUAUCGAAGGGGUGGAUCCCGAACUGCACAGGAGUCUCACCUGGAUGCUCGAGAAUAACAUCGACGGCGUUCUUGACACCACCUUCUCCGUCGAGAACAACAGUUUCGGUAUUAUUAAAGUCCACGAACUGAAACCGAGCGGCGCCACCAUUCCAGUAACCGAAGACAACAAACGCGAAUACGUUAAACUUUACGUAAAUUAUCGUUUUAUGCGCGGUAUUGAGCAACAAUUCCUCGCACUUCAGAAAGGUUUCACCGAACUGAUUCCUCCCUCUCUUCUUCGAGCUUUUGACGAACGCGAACUAGAACUAGUGAUAAGCGGAAUCGGUUCUAUAGACAUCGCCGAUUGGCGUAGUCACACGCGACUCAAACACUGUACACAGGAAACCCCAGUUGUUCAAUGGUUUUGGCAAGUGGUGGAGUCGUAUUCGGAGGAGAUGAGGGCGAGGUUGUUGCAGUUUGUUACAGGGUCGUCUCGAGUGCCCCUUCAAGGUUUUAAGGCUUUGCAAGGGAGUACGGGAGCGGCGGGACCUAGGCUUUUUACUAUACACUGUAUAGAUUGUUCACCGCAGAAUUUGCCUAAAGCACAUACUUGUUUUAAUAGAAUUGAUAUUCCUCCCUAUGAUAGUUAUCAGACGUUGGCCGAUAAGUUGACACAGGCUGUGGAGGAAACGUGCGGGUUUGCCGUGGAGUGAUAAUAGUGAAACAAGUUGUUAUUUUAAACAACUUUGAAAUUGUUUUUCGCAUAUCAUUGGUCUUGGGAAAGACUGAAGAGUGCCUUGCUUAGCUCUCACGGUUCAAAAGUGCCUAAAGCUAGUCAUUUCACGCUCGUAGCUCGCUUUAAUACCAAAUUUGUUUUCCGAAAAUCCAACACGUUGGUGAUAGUAAAUGCCUAAAUUGAUGGCCAAAAGUGCUUUAAAUCAACAAUAAAGAUUCUAUUGUAGCUAUUGUUAAUUAAUGAUGAUGUUUAUCUCAGUAAAAAAGACAAAUAUAUUUUUAUGUAGUUUCCUCGGAGGAAAUGGAGUAUUUGUUUUGUGAUUCUUUUUCUGUAAAUAUUUCAUACACGCGAACUGAUUUAUGAGUAGGUUUAAUGAGUUGAUAAGCGGUAUUGUGAUUUUUUUCUAUAAUUUAUCCAUUUGUACAUAGUUUUAACUUUUGCACCCUUUGUUAUCUACUUUGUAAAUUUUUUUCUAUUUUAAAAUAAGUAUACACAAAGCAAUAAUGUAAUGUUAUAGUGAUAAACGAGUUUUUCAACAGCACUUGAUUGUAUCACAAUGAUAUUUUUUAAGUUACAAUUUAGUUUUUUCAUGAUCACUGCAAGAAUACUCCUCGAUGUACAUAAUUUUUGGUUGGUUUUGUUCCCUUUCUCAAUACGUCUUGUUCAUUUUUAGUGAUAAUUUAUUUGUGGUGUUUAUGUUAAGAUUUAUUUGUAUAUUGCAUCCAGAUGAAUAUAUUUUAAACUAUUUUAUAA